UUUUACAUCAAACUAGCUAUGGCGGACAAUCCGGCCGAUCCUUUUGGAAGUGGAUCUUUAUUUGACGAAUUUGAUCGAGAAAGACCCGAAACGGCCCCUUAUCUUUUGGGCAAUGAUGAGAGCAUAAGUAGUAACAACGAUACAACUGAAAAUAAUGCUACAAGUAGUCAGCACAAACUCUUUACUGACUCCUCGAGUGAGGGUUCAGACUCCGAAAUCGAAAAUGGAAAGCAAAAAUCUAAAAAUAGAACAACAACAAGAGGUCCAAAUGCCAGUAGUAACUACGCUGCCAAGGAAGGUGAUUCUGACAUGGAUGAUGAUGGGAAUGCGUCCCAGAAUGGAACCAAAAAUAAUGUGAAGGAGUGUGAAGUCCUUGAAAUGAAAGAUAGGAUUUCUGAUCUUGAACAAAUUGUAGGAAGACUUGCAAGAGAAAAUAAACUGAUAGAUUCCACAAGAUAUCAAGUUGAUGAAGCUCCAGGACUCCAGGUCAUCUACAUGAACAGUUCAUUUGGACGGAAAUAUAAAGAAGAUAUCGAAAGAUUUAUUGCAGAACUUGUCGAAAAAGAUAAAAGUGAUCCAGACAGUCUACCAAGAAUCCAUCCUCUGCCAAGUUCAAUAUGUUUGGCAGAUAAGAAAAAAGACGUUAUGGACUCGUCGACGUACGACUGUGUUCGUGAACAUCACACGGUGCUUGGCUGCUCUCAGUUCUACAGUGAAUACAUCCAGGACACGAUGGGCUGGCCUCUAGUCAACCACACACCUGCCCUCACUGAUGGAUGGGAGACACCUGUUUAUGACCAAAUCUUUGCUGAAGCUUUACCUAUUGAAGAAGUGGAGGGAGAUAAACCAGCCCAAAAACAGAAGCGAGUGGUGAACAAACCUAUGUGCUUCAACUGCGGUGGUGAACAUGUUAUGAGAGAUUGUAAAGAGAAGAAGGAUUAUGCCAAGAUCAAUGCAAAAAGAGCUGAGUUCAUGGGGAAAUCUCUCAAUUCUCAAAAUAGUUCCAAGAACCGCUAUCACAUCGAAGAUGACCCAAGAUUUGCUAAAUAUAAAGCAGGAACCAUUAGUAACGAGCUGCGAGAAGCAAUGGGUCUGCGCGAGAACCAGUUACCACCAUACAUAUAUCAGAUGCGAGUUCAUGGCUACCCACCUGGUCAUUUAUUUGAUGCGAAGGUCGAAGGAUCGGGAAUUUGCUUGUUUGACAGACAUGGCAGAGAGGUAUCCAAUGAAGGCGAGAGUUUAGAAGAAGGUGAGGUCAACACGACUGUUGUGAAGGAUACGUACAACUUGGAGAAGAUCGUUGAAUAUCCUGGCUUCAAUGUGGGCCUCCCUGAAGGAGCUUAUGAUGACUACCGCAAAUACAACUUCCCGCCCAUGCAAGAUUUCCAAUUGAAAACCCGGCUUGAAGAAAUUAUGGGCUCAGACAUGUUCAAACGGCAAUCAGAACAAGAAGGAGGUGGACGCAAAAAGAAGAUGAAAGUAGACACUUCUGGUCGUGAAGAACUGGACAUGGAUAUAGAAUCUGGAGAAGAAUCGGGAGACAUCAAGAUUGAGGUGAGAAUAGAAAACAAAUACAUGGCCAAAGUAAAAAAUGACAGCAUUUCAAGUUUGCAGUCGUCGAGAAACGCUUCGUCUGCUUCUCUGGAAGAUCUCGAACAUCAGCGUGAGCUUCUCUUGCGUCAAAUGGAGGACACCGAUGACUCUCAAGAUACGCAGCCAUUGGAUGGAAGCCAGGGGGAGGGCGAGGAAUCUGACAUCACUGAUGUACCAUCUCCAUCAACACCACAACGCAGUAGUGUACAAAGCUCAAACAGUUUUAUAUCAUUUAGUACGCCAAGGAGUAUGUCAAUAUCAAGGGAGUUUGGUACACCCCUUGGUUUCGAUUCUGAUCAACCUUUGCCGGCUCCUGAAAAGUUUUCCUCGAACAUUACUGAACAUAUUCCUUAUGAGAACUUACCAAAUGCUACUGGCAUGUUUGAGAAGAUGCAGAACGUUGUCAAGAAAGUGAGAGACAAAUAUAAAACAUUCUUCUCAUGAGUACUCCUGUUUGGAAUUGUCAAGGGCCAAUGAAAGGGAGACUAUAGGCUAGAGCCAGGAAGUGAGUCUGAUUACUGUACGUGGUUGUUAUCACAAAGUCAGUCAGACCAAGUUCCACAACUGUAUUUUAGUCACCUUGAGACCACCAGUUGGACCUCCUAGAUCCUGCCUAUAGGCCCCCUUUACUGAGGACAGAGGCCUGUUAACAACUUUUUCAAGAACCUUGGUAUAUCUUCUCAAAUGAGUGGUUCUGAAAUGCAUUGCAUCUGUUCAGGCGUUAGUUCUCUGGUUCUCUUUGACGAACAUGUACAAUGGGAUGGAUGGGAACCGAGGAUUGUGACGUAACAGACAGUUGCCACUUGGUUGGAUGUGCUUGAAGGUAAGUUGUUUUAACUUCAGUCGAGACACAUCAAGAGAUUAGCACCUGUUCAGGAGGAGUAAUAGUCAUACAUGUUGUUGUUUGGGCCCGGUUAGGUUAGUCACCAACUUGGCAUUAACUUGACCUUUGCAAGCUCAUUAGACUUGAGUUAAUACCAAGUUGGUGACUGGUGAAUGCCAAGUUGCCGGGACUAGAAAUAUUUGAUGUCAGUGCAGCUUAAAAAGUUAUUGAGGGUAGUAAAACCAGAGUUGCAUUUGGGUUCUAUGAUGGCCUCCCUUUAAAAUUGUUGCCUUGUAUCAAAUUUGUAUUCGAUGUUGUCAGGCAUAAAGAAGAAUGUUAAAUACACUUUUACCAGGAAAGAAAAUUUGAGGAAUUUUAAGUUAGUCAUGCACAUUCACACUUGAAUAAAGUGGAAUGUGUAUGUGUGAGAUAUUGCCUAUUGUAUUCUUUGUGGAAAGGUUAAAUAAACAAUAUAGCUUUUA